CAUUCAAUUAAUUAUCUUUAGUUAUUGAUACACACACAAAAAAAAGAAAAAAAGUUAGAGUAAUUAAUUUAAGAGAGAUGGAAGGUGGUUAUUUUCUCACAUAUUUUCUUAUUUCAAUUGCGUUGAUAACUUCUUCUAAUAAUUGGAAUUCAGUUUCCGCCGCAAGGCCAUCAGCUGGAGAAACAAAUACGGAGUUUAUUCGAACAUCUUGUAAGUCAACAACUUAUCCAAAUCUCUGUUUCAGUUCAUUAUCAAGCCGUUCAAAUGCUAUUGGAGUUUCUCCACAACUUCUAGCACAUGAAUCUCUCUCCGUUAGCCUCGAAACAGCACAAUCAACAUCCGCUAUGAUGUUGAAAUUGGCACACAGUCAAGGCAUGACGCCUAGAGAAGUAGGCGCCAUGCGUGACUGUGUGGAGGAAUUAAGUGACGCAGUUAGUGGAAUUAAAAAAUCUUUAGGGGAAAUGAAGGAAUUGAGGGGAAAAGAUUUUGAUCUGAAAAUGAAUGAUAUUCAAACAUGGGUGAGCGCCGCCUUGACCGACGAGGACACGUGUACCGAGGGGUUCGCCGGAAAAGUGAUGAACGGGAAAGUUAAGACAGUAGUAAGGGAAAAGAUACUUGAAGUUGCACAUAUGACGAGUAAUGCUUUGGCUUUGAUCAACAGACUUGCCGCUCUUCACGGCUGAAGUAAUUUGAAACGACAAUUAAAUAUAUAUAUAUAUAU